CUCUCUUCCUUUCCCUUGGGAGUCUGCACGGCGCUCUCCCCGGACCCCGCAUUCACUAUAUCCGCUCUCCCCGGACCCCGCAUUCACUAUAUCCGCUCUCCCCGGACCCCGCAUUCACUAUAUCCGCUCUCCCCGGACCCCGCAUUCACUAUAUCCACUCUCUCCGGACCCCGCAUUCACUAUAUCCGCUCUCCCCGGACCCCGCAUUCACUAGAUCCGCUCUCCCCAGACCCCGCAUUCACUAUAUCCGCUCUCCCCGGACCCUGCAUUCACUAUAUCUGGUCUCCCCAGACCCCGCAUUCCCUAUAUCCGCUCUCCCCAGACCCCGCAUUCACUAGAUCCGUUCUCCCCGGACCCCGCAUUCAGUAUAUCCGCUCUCCCCAGACCCUGCAUUCACUAUAUCCGCUCUCCCCGGACCCUGCAUUCACUAUAUCUGGUCUCCCCAGACCCUGCAUUCACUAUAUCCGCUCUCCC